AUGGCUUAUCAAUUUCCCGUCUACGAUACUUGGAAGUCUUACAAAGAGCUGGAAAAGAGGUUUCUCGGGUGGCUCGUGAAAACAGCAUCUGCAAUAGAACAAGAUCUUAGGUCCCCUGGCUCUACACCUCGACUUGAAUACAUCAAGAGGCUUACCGAGGCUGUCAUUAGCCAGAAAUAUGAGCUACCAAGUAACGUCCGAGAUGAUCUAGCUCAAGUUAUAUCAAAACGCAAGGAGGCAGCGGAAUGGUAUGGACGUAACAACCAGGCAGAUGAAGGCCACAGGCAUUAUUUGGAAACGUUGCAAAUGAUAUUGCGACUAUUCGAGAGUCUCAUCUCAAAGGAACAAAAUGUGGCACUGGAUGAUGAAACUGAUCAGCAACCCCAAAUCGAUUCGGAGGCCACCAACGAUGAGAGAGUCAUCAAUAACCAAUUCAGUAGCUUGGAGAUUGAAAGUACUCAACCAUCCUCGGAUUCGGAUAGUGAUGAAGAGAGAAGGUCAAUUAGUGGUAGUAUAAUAAAUCACAGCAAGCCAAAAGCAAAGAAGAAGCAUGGAAAGAAGGGAAAGAAGGGAAAGAAGGGUAAAAAGCCAGAGAGUGGAAAGAUUAGAAAGAACGAAAUUGAUGUACCGAUCGACGAACAAAUCGUGCUAUUGGAAGUCGAUGAAUCCGAUCCAUUCGACGAAUACAUGAGAGUUUACUUCUUUCUCAAGGAUUCAAAGGCUACAAGAACCUAUCUACUCGAAAUGUGGGGCGACUACUCAAUGGGACUUCUCAGCCUAGCAAGCGUCUCGCUUGCCACUUAUACAGCGAUGUCCAAUUCCAUAGAUUUCGAGCGAGAAUUGUUUUCCAAUCUGCCAAGUAAUAAACGGAGCUACGAAAGCAUUGCAAAUAUCAUGUGCCCGGAUGUCAACAAGUUGAUGGAGAAAUUCAAGAAAGCAAGCGCCACUGACUUCAACGAAUUGAUGUAUCUUAAGGAUAAAAGUGACGACAGCCAAGAGCACAAUGCUGUUAUAGCGACUGAAGACUAUCUGAGUUAUACCACUUGGUUGAUACUAUCUGAAUGGCAUGAUAAAUUUUCGGUGAAUCAAUACCAAAGAAAUUCUGAUCAUGAAGUUGUCGCGCAGGGAGAAAACACAAAGUUCACCUUGGAAGAUAAGAUUGUUCUUAAUCGCAAAAUCUUACACGAAUUGCUUUACGAGGUCUCGCACCUCGAGGAAGAGACGGCCACAAGCGUGGAUGGGAACUAUACUGAAGAUGCGUUCACGACAGGUGUCCGGAAUUUUCUGACUACCAAACAGAUUCCAGUGUGGUUGGUCUUCGCGGCACAGAUCAUGUGCGAUAUUCGGUUCAUACUGGGAAAGGAAGUGGUGCAUUGCCACGAUGAGGUCAUUAUAUUUUCCAGUCAUAUUCUACAGAACCUGUACAACUGCUUUACGAUGGCUGAAAUUCACGAUUUAAAGGAUGUAGAAGAUGCAACGUAUCGGCUUUAUAACGAUCUUCGCUGUUGCAACUUGAAAGACUGGAUGAGUUCGACUCUUAACCCCCCUUUCGCUGACGGGGAUCGUGGAGAGAUACACCCUGCGCCAAACCCAGAGGACAAACAUGAGAAAUUCUCCUAUCUACGCCGAAACCCUGUUAUGUGUGGUUUGUUGAUCUUUAUGUCUACGAUAAGAUACAACGAAUCAGGAGUUCGCAAUACAGCUUUUGAACCUAGUACAAUGAGCUGUAUACAUCUCUACAACGCACUCCGUCAAGAGUCGCGGAAAGACUUGGAUGAAUAUCCUGAGUGGAAAGAUAUGGAAUUCUUAAUCAUGAUGCAGUCAGUGGACCGGUUAUUCGCUCGACGUGAUCCACCUUACAUUCCGAAUGACUAUGUCAUGAGCUAUGCGCAAAAAAUUUGGAAGCGAGGUCCAAGAAAGCUAGAAUUUCAGCAUGAGUCAGGCCUUGCCAGAUAUCAUCACGACAUAGUCUGCGUGCAGGAAAAUUGUGAUCAUUAUGGGUACUCGCACGACAUACGUAGUCUCCUUUCCGCAUCACUCAGCGACAAACUUGAUAAGCUACUCUCUAGUUUGAAAAACAUCUUUCCCGGAAAUCAACUUUCUCCUAGCGAUAUCUCUAGCGAUCUUAAAGAUCUAAAUCACCGAUUGAAAACGCAUUUCUCAAAAUCAAAAUUCAAACCGACUUAUGUAGAAUUUCUCCAAGUCAUGAUUGGAAUCGUAGAGAAAGAAGCUCUUUUUCUGCAUUUUGAUUGGCACGGAAUGUAUUCUACGUGCAUGUAUCUGCUUAUGAAGUUGCGUGAAGAGUUCCGAUCAGAAAUUGACAGAGCACCGUCUGGAAUACCUCUUAAUCCCAACCUUUCUGAUUUGGAUAAGGUGGCUUACUUUCUAUUGAAACGGUUAGGUGAGAGUGAGGGGCUGAGAAAAGAUACUGUAAAAAGGUUGCGAAAGGUUUUCAACGGGAGAUUCAGUGGGAACUUGUGCGGACCAGGGGAAGAGGAACACCUGGUGAUCAAGGCGGUGAAUUCGUUCUUGGUGAAGAGACCUCGAUACACAGUCUCGAGAGUUGAGAUGGAGUUGAACCGUUCGUGGCCUUACAGAUGUCCGAGGCGAUUCUAUACUUCGGAUACAUCUCAAGGCGCAGCAGAGUAA